AUGGCGGACAAACAGUCAAAAGAGGUUGUUAUUUCGACCUCAUCUUCUGUCAAACUGUCACGAUGGCGGGUUUCCGCUGGAUCAGAAGUUAGAGAAGGAAGUGUUCUUUGUUUUUAUGAAGUUUCUGGCAAAGCAGAGAGGACUGGAUCGUUUGUAACUCAGCCAAAACUCAAAUCCGCUUUUACUGGUAAAGUCCGUGAGCUGCUUGUUGCUGAGGGAGACAUUGUCCCCGCAGGGUAAGGACAAAUCAUAGAGCACCAGACAUACAGAUCGUAAAACGUAACCUAGAGUUUUCCCAGAUACCAAAAGAAGUAAUUUAGCAUGUUUUCUUGGAAAUACCACUUUGAGAUUGCACAUAAACUUCAGCUCACAUGCUUUCGAUGAGGUUGUUUUUGUUCGGAUGGUCUCUAUUUGAGGGUUUACAGCACUCGAUUUUCGUCUCUAUUGUUACAGCCUGAUCGCUUAGAUUUUUAGAGAAUAACUUGUUUAAGGUGUUGGAAUGAUCAGAGGAUAUAAAGACCGUGGAUUUCAGCACGUUUUAAUGGUAUAAAGCAAUCUGCGCAGCCUGCAAAUUUUUUGAGCAAUUAAGACACUUUUGAACUUGAUGGUGACAUUUUAGUAACGACAAGUUGUUGACAGGCGAAACUUGCAGACUGUGUCGCAUGAUUGCGAAUCUUGGUAGCUUUCGGAAGAGCUUAGAUGUCUCUUGAUCAUUGUAUUGUUAGGUAUUUUUACUGCCUUUGCGAAGUGAGAGUGUGGUAUCAACUCGUGAUCAAGUGGAUGUCGUGUUAGAGCGAGUUUUGAUUUAUCUCAGUUUCGUUAGAUUUGAUUGGACAUUGACCGACCAAUCCUGAAUUUUCUUAAAUUUUCCUUUUUUUUUGGGCAAUAUUAUUCUAGAAUUUUAAUGACAUGAGUUGAAUACUAGAUUUUAAAAAGACUUUUUACAUGUAAUAGUUUACAAGUCCCAGCUGUUUCACACAUGACUUGGCCUGCUUCAAACACCACAAUUUUAGGGGCAAAUUAAAGUUAUUUUUAAAAGUUCCCCAAAAUUUGACUGUUCAUCUAGAAAUCAUUAUGCAGGAACCCUUAAAGGCAGAAGGCUUAAAAUAAUUAUAAGCAAAAGCUGAAUAGAUGAGAUACAUACUGCAGUCACAGUCUGGGUUUUUGAGUGAAUUACACAGUGUGUAGGUUUUUUAAAACUGUAUAGUAUCUUUCACCUGAAAUAGCCAAUGAUUUUGAGGUACAGCAUACUACACCUCUCUGAAUUUUGUUAUUAUUCAUUGCAAACUGAAGGAAUUUUGGGUAUUUUUAUAUUAUAAUGUUAUGUUAUUUUUGCCAGGUGGAAUAGUAUCCUACAUCAACCCCUCACCCCCCCCCCCCCCCCAAAAAAAUAAAAAACUGGCUGACCUUGAUACUGGAAUAGUUUUGGGUAUGUUCUCUACAAUCCUCAGAAUUUGAAGAAAGAACAGAACACUUCUCAAUUUAGAAAGCAUGCUUCGAUCAGUAGUUUCUAUUGUCUUAAUUUUGUCAAUAAAGACUGACUAAUAAAUUCAAAGUUAUCUCAGGGAUUUGUUCAACUUAAGUUUUACAAUUUCAAGGCUGUGCUCUAAGGAAAAUUCUAAGGAGUCCCAUGCUCGGUAUUUGAGUAACACAGGGUACCCAGCUUAUGAUUUCUAUGCAAGAAUUGAGAUUUCCUAGUGUCGCCCAAGAGCAAAAGUAUGGCACGAGGGGCCAACAGGUGCUGUUAGAGCACGUAGCCCUGAAUUUCAUUUGAUUUUUCAGGGCACCCGUAUUGCUGAUAGAUAAAGCAACCGAGUGUGAGCACAAGAUGGUCAUGAAGGAUCUCUGCUGUGACUGUGGUGCUGAUCUUAGGAAGUAGGUAUCUACAUGUAUUACUGUAGCUCAUUAGGUGUUGCAAAUAACAAGUGUCAAGAGGUUUAAAAAUUAGUCUGUAUUUCAUAAAAAAACUAAUUUUAGGUUCGUCCUGGCUUUUCUCACCGGGAACUAGUUUUUACAUCUCUCCUUAAUUGCUUUUGAAGUUCUAGCAUUCUUAAGGGCUCUGGGGCACUUAGCAUUUGUCAGGCUAGCCAGACCAAUCCAGUUGUAAGGAGUAUUCCACUAUUAAUCAGAACUUUCUGGCCAGAUCCUUUUAUUCCUAAAUGGUAUACACAGCAGUGAUGGGUUUAAGUAAAAAUUUAAGAAAAGACUAAUGAUUCAUUUUCAAAAUGACUGGUCUGGCCUCCCAGUUCUGAUUUUUGGAAAGCACCCGUAGUGAAAUUGCAGGUGGUACCAAAUGAAAUACCAUUGCUUUUCUAAGUAAUCAUGGAUGCAAGUGUCAUCAUAUCGCUUAAUACUCUUGUGUGGUUGGUUGGUCAGAUCCUGUGUCUGAUCGAUGGCAGCUUUCUUUCUAAUGUUUAGAGUCAUUCCCUCUUUCCUACAACUAAGGAGGCAGAGUGGCCGAGCGGUUGGUGCACUGGACCUUGCCCCGCCCUGACUGCUAGCUGGAUUUGUUCUCGGUAGUCCUGAGUUCAAAUCGAAAUAGCCAACUGGUUCACCUACUACCAGUUGGGAUUUUUAAUCAUGUUACUUUCCAUUUAAAUUAUUUGUUUCAUUAUCCCUGAAAAGCCCCAUAAGGGGAGAGGAUAAUCAUUAAAGUAUUAUUAUUAUUAUUAUUAUUAUUAUUACCAACAUCUAACCCCAGGGGGUGAAUCAGGUGUCGAGGGAGAAAGAUGCUUGUCAGAAAAUAAGAAUUAAAUGAGACCAUUCUCUAGUUGCAGUAAAGAUCUGGCCCCGGUUGUUCAAACGUUGGAAAGCGCUAUCCACAGGAUAAAUCUCUAUCCAAUGGAUAGCGCAAUUGGUUUCCCUAAUACUUAUCCGCUGGAUAGUGAUUUAUCCGGUGGAUAGCGCUCUCCAACGUUUGAACAACCGGGGCCUGUCAUUGAAUCUUUCUUCUUUGUCACCCCCCCUCCUCUUCUGCUUUCUCUAAUUUUUUUUCUACAAGCACUGACCUAAGCAGUACCAGUUUGGGCUAAAAUACUUGCAUUCUAAUCUAAGUGAUACUAAAGUACAGUGGCUGCAAUAAUAUUUUUACUGUCCUAAAUGAAAAGACAAACAUCACCACCCCAUUCACUCCCCCGAGCAUCUGCCAUUGAAGCUGUUGACACAUCUAGACUGGAGUUUGACAGAUAAAAUUUUUACAGUUUUUUUUGGCUUGUGUGUAUUAAAUAUGAUAAUAAAAAUCUAAGGAAAAUUGCAGAAAAUUAGAAUCCUAAAUCAUAAAAUCCUUCAGAAUCCACUUUAAGCAGUUUCACUGUAUUUCUGUUCAAAGACUCAAUGAAGAACAAGAUGAGCCAUCCUCUCCAACUCUGGCAUCUGUUCCUCUUAUACAUAACAUCCCUGAGUUGAAAGUGAGCCCAGAGGUAUGUAUGCAGACUUAACAUCAUUUAACUGUUUUCUACAAAGCGGUGGGUCUAAGGUGCAGGUGACUUUUCCAUACGUCAGAGUACAGGUUACCAUAAUACAGAUAAUUGAAUAGCAUUAAAAGUGUCUCCUAGCCCUAAUCUCUUAACAUAAUGCUCUAUUAGAUCGAGAAGAAUCUGUGUGGUUUGGUAAUUUAUCGAUGGAACAGUGACCUGUACUUUAGACACGGCAGAGUACCCCAACCAAAACUUAGGACACAUCUCAAACAAAAAAAUACAGCACCGCCGCCUAAAAAAAUGUUGACCUCCAACUCAAAAGUUGGAACUGUAUCACCAAAAUAUCCUGAUGACAAGCCGUGAGCAUAUAUAAUUUAGUACUGUAUUUAUGUACUUCAUUUACAUACUUAAUUUCACUCCAACGAAAAAUUCCAGGUUCUAACUUUUACUGCACAUAACUGAAACAUUUCCAAACAAGACGUUAUUAUAUAGAUAUAUGCAGAUGGUCCAAUAAGCAGGGAAGCUUAUAACCAAAGUAAAAUUUCUGUUCACUGAUGGAAGGCUUAUAAGCAGGGGGGCUUAUAACUGUUACGGAUUACAACCAGGAAUUUAUAGUAUUUUUCUUUAUUACAUUUAUUUCACCAACAACAUAUAUAUGUUACAGGACAAAAUUAAAUUCAGGUUAAAUUUUUUAACGUAAAUUGAUUUUCAAUCCUUUGUCUCCUAGCCCUAAUUCAUAAAUAAUUAGGGCUUUGAGAAAAAGGAAGUUCAGAAUCAACCUACAAUGGUUAAAAAAUUUUAACCUGAAUGUUAUUUUGACCUGUAACAUAUACAACAGAAAUAAAUUGAUUUUCUGGCCAGGACCAUGUAUCAGUUGCACCCAACUUUACGAGGUCCACAUUCUUGUUCUUGUUGUACCUACAAUGUACAUGUACAUGUAACACUUGUAGAACAAAACAAAUUAUUAGUAGUAUCAUGUCCUCUCAUUUUGCUGGCUCAAUAAAGUUAUUUAUAGUUUUGUAAGCAAGCAUUUCACUAAUCCAUUGUUAGGAAGCUGAGGCUUUAGGAAAAAAGGAUGAAGCCAGACUUCUUAAAACUCGCAAGCUUUCACUAAUUGUGGAUCUGGAUCAGACUCUUAUUCAUACAACAAUGGAGCUGAUUCCUGAAGAUAUGGAGGUACGACACUGUACGAAUCUUGAAUUAACUUGGUUUUUUUAGAGGUGCUUGUGUGUGUACGAAAAGUACACUCAACUAGAGUGCAAAAACAGGGAAAAAGUGGUUACACCAUUUACUUUAUCUUAAAAUCAUGGCAUAUUUUUGACAUAUUUCCAAAGACCACACAAUGUGUCACGGGGAACCCAAAGCAAUAAGGUGUUCACAGGUUGCCCAAAUUGGCAAAUUUUAUAUGUAAUUCACCUCUGUCGUUACCAGUAGAUGUAGCAUUGCCCUCUUAAUGCUGUAGUUUAUUUGUUUUCCAUGAUCAAUAAUAAUUAUUGAUCAUAGAAAACAAAUAAGCUACAGCAUUAAGAGGGCAUUGCUACAUCUACUGGUAAUGACAGAGGUGAAUUAUAUAUAAAAUUUAUAUAUCAAAUAUUAUUCUUUUGCUAUUUGAAACAUAAUUAUGCUUUAUAGAAAUAAUAGCUUUGACUUUCUGUGAUUACAUAUCUGCUUUUAUUUAUUUGCAAAAUCUUGGUGCCUUCUAUCUGUCAGUGUGUGUGCAUGAUAGGCAUAUUAAACUUUAAACUUUAUCUUAAUUAUUUUUUGUGAAAAAGCCAUCCACUAUUUUGGCCGGCUUUUUUUUACUAGUGCACUUGUUUAAAAAAAAGAUUGUAGCAAAAACAUUUUAUAAGGCUAACUUGUUGUCCUUGUUGCUUUGCUUUUGUUCUUGCUUCAUAAAUGUAAAGGCUUUUCGCAUUUUAUGAAAGUCAAAGUUUUGUCGAAAUAUGCAUUGAAAAGGCUUGAAGGAAAACCAGACAUUUCAAGGGUGUUCCCUCUUCUUCAGUGAUUUCAAAAGCAGCUAAAAAAUGCACUCACCACUUGACAUUCAAAUAGAAAACAACAAUAAAGACGUUUACAUUUUGCAGGGGAACUACAUAUAUGAUGUAAUGUAGGAUCUUGUUCACCAUCAAAUAGUAUUUUUCUCCAUUAAAUAUCCACAGGAUGUUCAUCAUUUUCAACUGCCUGGUUACCCUGUGUGGUACCAUACAAAGAUCCGACCUGGAGCUGUGAAUUUCUUGAAGAGUAUUUCAGAACUGUAUGAACUGCACAUCUUCACCAUGGGAUCAAGAAUGUAUGCUCAUACCAUUGCUCGAAUGUUAGACCCAGAUAGAAAAUUGUUUGCUUAUAGGAUUCGCUCACGAGAUGAAUGCUUCAAUGCAUUUUCCAAAUCCCAUGAUAUGAGGUUAGUACAUAAUAAUGCACGUACUAUGUAGUUCUGUGUUCUGUAGUCUCCUUAUUGUUGUUUUCAGUUGUUUAUUCACCUCUUACGAAACAAGGAGACUGGAGCAGAAGUGUGUCCUGCAAUAAUUGUUUCUUGGAUCAUUACUUGGGAUGCACUGGUCAGCUACUGGCCAAUUCUUUUUCCCUGUCUCCAGUAACAGUCCAAGAAGUCUUUGCAAAAGUUAACCCAUUCACCCCUGGAAAUUUUGCUGAAAAAUGCGUUUUGAAGUUAGUCUAGCGGUUUUCUGGUUACUGCCGUGCUAUAUAGAGCUAAAAAUGACCAUAAAGCCAUUCUGAUCCAGGUGCAAAAUAUUAGCUUGCAAUGUUCAGGCAUGCACGGAAAGCAAAAUUUCAAGAUAGUGGUUUUGGGUGUAAAAGUGACACAGCAGUCUUUAGGAAGUUUUUAGGAAGGCUUUUAGGAUCUUAGGAUUAGAUGAAAGGAAAGGUUCGUGGGUAGUGAAACAAGAUUUUCAUGGAAUUUUCAUUUCAAUGUUACAUGGUUUUUUGCCUUUUUCUCUGGUGUCCUUGAAUGAAUUGUGCUCAUUCUGAUUUUGCUUGAAAGAUUUCUUCACUCUGCACAAGUUAGCGGACAAAGUUGUCCCUGACCAUUAAAACUUAUCACGUCACACGUGGUAUCUACACGGGUAAUUAUGGACGGCUCAGGGGUGAACCGGUUAAAUUGGACCACUUUUGUUCUUGUUUCUAAAGUGGCGAAAUAACUUUGAGAUAUAAAUACAUCUUUUAAAGUGAGGCAGAUAGGUCUCUCAGUAUGGCAUACUGCUUCUCCUUGGAGGCAUUAGGCUUUAAAACCUUCCUUGUCCUCCUGCAUUGUCUUCCUGCUUCUUUGACAAAACUAGUCACCUUAGACAGUUUCUCAGUCUGAUCAGUGGCUGUCACUGAUUUAUUUGUUCAGUUAUUGUGGUGGUGAGUCAAUUACUCAGUUGCUCAGUCACCUAGUCCAUUAGUCACUCAGUCAGUCUGUCAGUGUGCAGACGCAGUCAGUCUGGUAGUCAAUUAGACACACAGUCUGUCAGUCAAUUAAUCAGUCAUUCACUCAGUCAGUUAGUCAUUUAGUCACUUAGUCAAGUCAGUCUGUCAGUCAACUAGUCAGUAAGUCACUCGGUCAGUCUGUCAGUCAAUUAAUCAAUCAUUCACUCAGUCUGUUAGUCAUUUUGGCACUUAGUCGAGUCAGGCUGUCAGUCAGCUAGACAAUAAGUCACUCGGACAGCCUGUCAUGGUCAGUCAAUUAGUCAGUCUGUCUCUUCGUUAUUCAAUCAUUCAGUCAUCCGGUCAAUGAGUCACCCAGUCGGUUAGUCACGGACAAUUUUAAGUCACUUGAAUAAAUUCUAAUAACUGAGGGUCUGAUAAUAUAAUUUAUUCUUUUACAGGUCACUGUUUCCAUGUGGUGACAACAUGGUUUGCAUAAUCGAUGAUCGAGAAGACGUCUGGAAUUUCGCCCCUAACCUCAUCCAUGUGAAACCGUAUCAGUUUUUCAAGGGGGUGGGAGACAUAAAUGCCCCACCUGGAUCCACCCCUUCCCCCGAAGAAGAAUUUACGUCCCCUGCAGAAGAAGUUGGUGAAAAGAACAAUCAGGAGAAAGAUAUCGAAGCUGAAGAAGUAAAUUCUCUGGAGACUGAAGAUGUUGCACAUCAAGAGAAGAAUGAUGACACAGUAUUCAAAGACAACAAAAAAUCCGCAGAGACAGAAAUUGACGUAGUCUUGAACGAGAAGAUGAGCUUGGGAAAGUCGGAAGAAAAUGUGGAAGUUACUGAGGACAAAAUACAUCCCGUUGGUGAAGGUGUCGAUGAAAUUAACGCAAAGAAAUCUUCUGUUGACGAUGUUAAAUCAAACGUGGAUUCCUCGAAAGUGCUUGAGAAUGGACAAAGUGAAAAUGUUGAUGACGAAACGAAACCUGAAGAAUCUAACGAGACCAAAGAAAUAAAUCAAAAUGAUAAGGAGGAGAACGAAGAGGGUGAAAAGAACAAUAACGGUGAUACAAAAGGUGAUAAAGAACAAACCACUUCGAUUUGCAAUGAUGAAAUAACAGGCGAAACACCUGAGAAGAGUUGCGAGGGAGGUGAGUGUUGCUUUCGGAAGAUGAUUUUUCGAACAGCACAUGAGCAUGAUGGCGUUAAUUUGCUUAAGAAUUCUUCAGUUUUGUUGUUUUCUUAUGUGUAAGUGUAGUGUAGUGUGAUGUGGUGUAGUGAUGUUACGUUUCGUGUCAUUUUGUGUAUUAAAAUGUAGUGUAUUGUAGUGUGAUGAAGUGUAGUGUAGUGUAGUGUGGUGUAGUGUGGUGUAGUGCAGUGUAGUGUAGUGUAGUGCAGUGUAGUGUUGUGUAGUAGUGUUGUGUAGUGUAGUGUUGUGUAGUGUAGGGUAGUGUGGUGUAGGGUAGGGUAGUGCAGUGUAGUGUAGGGUAGGGUAGUGUAGUGUAGUGUAGGGUAGGGUAGUGUAGUGUAGUGUAGUGUAGUGUAGUAGGGUAGGGUAGGGUAGUAGGGAACUAGACUGAUGUCGCGUUUUUGUUUCUCGUUAAUUUUUUAUUUAUUUUUUCUUUAGUGCAAACAAAGUUCAAGAAAUCACAAAAGCACUCGUACGAGUUCGGUGAUGGUGAUGACGAUUACCUUCUUCACCUCGAGGACGUUUUGAAACGAGUACACGAAGUGUUUUAUAAGACUUUAGACGAGAUAAAGUCUAUUUCUGCCGAAGAACUCAAAGGUAAUCCAAACUCUACAAGCGGUGUUAAGUACUGCACCCCUGGAACAACUACCCCGGAUGCAAAAGCCAUUGUGACUGAACUACGCCGUGAUGUGUUACUCGGGGCGAACAUUGUAUUUACUGGAGUUAUUCCUACGUCUACUAAGCAAGAAGAGAGUUAUCCUUGGCGUGUUGCGUGUGCGCUCGGCGCCAAAGUAAGCAACACGAUUGUAACACCCAAGGACACGACAAACCCUAGUGACGUAACCACUCACGUGAUUGCGGGGAGAUUAGGCACGGAGAAAUCAUACCGGGCGGUUAAAACCCGGGGAGUUAAACUUGUGAAUCCCGGCUGGCUUUUGUGCUGUUCCGAGCGCUGGGAAAGGGUGGACGAGCGUUUGUUUCCUGUAGAGGGCUUAGAGAAAUACAAACAACAGAUUCGGGAUCAAGGUACCCCUCGCGGGACUCCUCGGGAUACUGUAAUGGAAAAUGAUGACUUAGGUACGGGUGAUACUGGUGAGGACGCGGAAAACAAAACUAGAUCUGAAUCUGUUAGCAGCGCCGACAUUCUUAUGUCAACUUUAAACCCUUUACUGUCCUUUUCGCCGUCGGAAGUAGAGGCAAUGGACAAGGAAGUGGAGGACCUUAUGAACGCUAGCGAUGAAGAAAGCGACUUGAUCGGAAGCGUGUCGGAUUCGAGUAGUUCUUCGGAUUCCGAAGACUCUAAGUCGACGAGUAAAAGAAAGCGCGGUGAGGAGGAAGAAUCGCAGGAGGACGCCAAUAAUGAAUCUCCAAGUAAAAAAAGAAAAGUUAGCGACGAUGUUGACGAUGAUGAAGUAAAAGAUAUUGAUAACGACAACGACCACGAAGGAGAAGGGGGAUCAGAAGAUUCAAGCAAGUCUGAUUCAGAUGAUGAUUAUACACAUCGCUCCUCACCGAGCGAUGAUGAUGACGAUAUGGCGGCCAUGUUAGAUGCGGAGUUAGCACAAUCAUAAUGGGGCAUUUCAUUGUGGUUUCCCUUCUCUGCGUUUUGUCAUGUUGAUAUUCAUAAGGAAUCAGUCAUACACUCAUCCCAGCGUGCACCAAGCUUUCUAGAAUGGCUGCGGUCCUUCCCCUAAAUAUUCGUCUAGUAAUUUAUUUCCACAAGUAUUUUUGUAGAAGAUGGAUACUAAAGCGAGAACUGUCCUUUUUUCGUAAACGCGUUCUCUUGGCUCGCCGAAUCCUUUUCGCCCAAGAUUCUCGUUUAUUUCCGUUUUUUGUUUGUUUGUUUUCAAUCCUGGCCUGUUGACAGUCUCUCUAUCUUGUCAUUCCAAACUUCCAACCUUGUCCCCACGUCCUUGUUGGAACCCAAUGCAGGCAGGUUAAAAGCUUCCUGAUCUUGGUCAAAUAUACAUUUUAAACCCGCAAACCCGAGUAGAAAAUCAAAGGAAACUGUUGGUUCACAUGUAUUUAGACUUUUUAGAAAUUGUGUAACUUCGUUAGUUUGCGAAAACUUGCGUUCUGAUGAUACUACGCCUUAUAAUAGUCAGAAGUCGCGUUAAAAAACAGCACAAAAGGCGUGGCAACUUGCAAUCAGAGUUGCAAACCUGUAAGGAUGGGUCUGCUUCGAAAGAGGGUGACAUGUGCGUUACGCUCACUCUACUUAGCCCGUGCGUGACAAGGCGUCACGUGGUAUAUACAAUGUUGCAAAGUGAAUACUACCCUUUUUGCCAAGGAAAUGUCGAAAGUUUUUUCCUCUUCUGUGUGAAACAUAC